AUUAUAUAUCUUAAUAAUAUUCUGAUAUAUAGCUAUAUCUAUUCCGAAUAUUCGGAAUAUAUCUACUAUAUUUCACAGAAGCUAUAUAAAGCCGGUUUUUAUAUAAAAUUUUUAAAAUAUAAAUUUACUGUAUUAGAAACAAAGUUUUUAAAUCUAAUUAUAAAUUAUAAUAAAUUUAGAAUAGACUUAAAAAAGAUUAAAACAGUAGCUUAG